AUGCAGAAAGAUUUAAUACUUUCCGAAGCUGCAAAAGAAGCAAGACGACAAACUGUGGCACAAAAUCGUCAAAAACGAGAACUAGCAUUAAAAACAAAAUGUUUAGAUUUGAUUCCAGCAUCAAAAAUAAAAUAUUUAGCAUGUAAUUCAUUAUCGAAUUUAUCUGAGUCUGAUCGACUUCUUCUUGGAAAUGUUUUUAAUGCAUAUGAAUCAACAUGCAUGGCAGUAAAAGAUUCUCAAUUUCCGGAAUUUCCUUCAAGAAAACAUACACAUUUAUUUGAAUAUUUAAAUGAAUAUUCUUCUAUACAUAAAGUAUUAAUUGAUUACUUCAAAAUUAUACCAGAAUUUAAUAAUUUAUCUAUUACUGACAAAAUAUGUUUAGUACGAAAUCAAUUCGGUGUUAUAAUCAAUAUCAAUGAAGCUAUUGUUCAUCCAGGUAUAACAACUAAUUUAGUUGUUUCAUCAUCAAAUGUGUACGGUGUACAUAUUACUAAUCAUAUUUUAAAAUCUAUUGGACGAAUAAUACCAUUUACUCAUGAUCCUGUUAUACUUAAACUUCUUCUCAUUAUUGUUGCAUUUUGUAGUGGAAAUUAUCGAAAUCGAAAUGAUACGGGUAUGGAUCAAAUUUGUAAUGAUACUUUGUCAAUAUAUUAUGCACAAAACAUUUAUGUUGAAUUAUUAUGGAAAUAUAUUUUAUCACAUUCAUCAACUGAAUUAGAUGCAGUGAAAUUUUUUGAUAAAUUAAUUCAAUUUUUACUUUAUUUAUUAGAUGUUCAUUUAAUAGUUGAUGGUUUUAUAAAUAGUCAAAUUAAUGAAAUUCAACGAAUGGACCCAUUAAUGCAAAGUAUGUGGCCCAAACCAAGUAGAAACGAGAUUAGUUUAAUAAAUGAUAUCGAUAUGGAUCAUUAUUAA